CUGAUAAACUUUUUAGUUUUAAUCUGUCCUUCUGUGUAUGUGAUUCAUGUUCAUAUUUAACAUACAGUUUGACGCAAAGCUCAGGUACGUUUCCUUUUCUUUAUUACCCUAUGUUCCAUAAUUAGAACAACUUGCAGAAAGUGUUUGUUCCACAACAGUUCUAUGUAGUUUCAGUUGAUCCCAUGUCCAAAAGUUGACCACUCGCAAAGAAUGAUCAAUUUUUAGUAAACAAUCUGAUCGGUUGACUGCCAAAGUUCUUAUUUCUCUUAUUCUAUGUGAAGAUGGGUGAAUUCUUUUACUGGGUUUUGGUUAACAUGCAUUCUAGGAGAUGGGUAUUUGGUGUUGCUUUGUGGCAACCGACAAUAAAACCUAGGGAUUAUGAUCCUUUGUUUUUUCGUCCUUUUGCUUUGUUGCUUUGAGAUUCGUGUUUAGAGGUAUGUUCCUGAUUUGCUACUUCCAUUAAGAAAUAGAAAAGGUGGCGUUUCUGAAUAUGUUUCUUUGCAUGUUGAUUUAGUUUUUCUAGUUGUUACUGAUGACAGAGUACCCAUCGAACAGAAACAAGGCAAUAUCACCCUUCCAACUUUUUCUCUUGGUCUGAUGGUCUCACUUUCAGCCUUUUCCAGUUUCCCUUUGGAGUUGCCCAAGGUUGAAGAUUCAGUGGCCAAAAGAAAGGAGGAAGAAAGUAGGCUGCCAUCAAAUCCUGAAGAAGUAGAAGAUCUGCGUCGUAGUUCUGCUACUAAUCCAUUAAUUGUGUUCACAUUUGACGAACUAAGAAAAAUCACUGGUAACUUUAGACAAGAUCACAUGCUAGGUGGAGGGGGAUUUGGUAGUGUUUACAAAGGCUUCCUUGAUGAUUUAAAAGACACGAUUUCUCCUAUACCAGUAGCCGUUAAGGUUCACGAUGGGGAUAACAGUUAUCAAGGCCAUAGAGAAUGGCUGGCUGAAGUCAUAUUUUUGGGACAGCUCUCUCAUCCAAAUUUAGUGAAACUGAUUGGUUACUGCUGCGAAGACGAGCAUAGAGUUCUCAUAUAUGAGUAUAUGGCACGUGGAAGCGUGGAGAAUAAUUUAUUUUCGAGGGUGUUACUUCCUCUUCCAUGGUCAACUAGAAUGAAGAUUGCUUUUGGUGCUGCAAAAGGACUUGCCUUCCUUCAUGAUGCAGAAAAACCUGUCAUAUAUCGUGAUUUCAAAACUUCAAACAUUUUACUAGACCCGGACUACAAUGCAAAACUUUCCGACUUUGGCCUAGCUAAAGAUGGACCCGUUGGUGAUAAAUCUCAUGUUUCUACUCGCAUAAUGGGAACAUAUGGAUACGCAGCACCAGAAUACAUCAUGACAGGCCAUUUGACUCCAAGAAGCGAUGUUUAUAGCUACGGUAUCGUUCUUCUUGAACUUCUAACGGGAAGAAAAUCAUUGGACAAAUCUAGACCGCCCCGAGAACAGAACCUUGCUGAUUGGGCUCUCCCAUUGCUCAAGGAAAAGAAGAAGUUGCUAGACAUUGCUGACCCUAGGCUAGGAGAUUAUCCGGUUAAAGGGUUCCACAAGGCGGCCAUGCUAUCUUACCAUUGCUUGAACCGUAAUCCUAAAGCCAGACCACUUAUGCGCGAUAUAGUAGAUUCAUUGGAGCCGCUGCAGAUUGCACCCGAGGUUUUGUCGGAAGGAACUACCUUGACUCUGGUUGCUGAUAAAUGAACAUGUAGCAAAGAUGCAUACAAACUACUUUUUGUUCUUCUAUUCUUUUUAAGCUUAACAUCCAUCCAACCUUUAUGGGCAGUUUUUGCACCAUAUUGUCAUAUGGGCAUGUUCCUAUGUAAUGUUACUAGUCCAUAAAAAGUUCAUUAAUCUAGUGCUUUCUUAUUUUU